CCUGCUCUCCCCUCGCUCAUCUCCAGGUAUGGAUAGAUGCCGGGACCCAGAUUUUCUUUUCUUACGCCAUUGGCCUGGGGGCCCUCACGGCCCUGGGCAGCUACAAUCGCUUCAACAACAACUGCUACAAGGAUGCCAUCAUCCUCGCACUCAUCAACAGCGGGACCAGCUUCUUUGCUGGCUUCGUGGUCUUCUCCAUCCUGGGCUUCAUGGCCACAGAGCAGGGCGUGCACAUCUCCAAGGUGGCGGAAUCAGGGCCUGGCCUGGCUUUCAUCGCCUAUCCCCGGGCCGUCACGCUGAUGCCUGUGGCCCCGCUCUGGGCUGCUCUGUUCUUCUUCAUGCUGCUGCUGCUUGGCCUUGACAGCCAGUUUGUAGGUGUGGAAGGCUUCAUCACCGGCCUGCUGGACCUCCUCCUGGCCUCCUACUACUUCCGUUUCCAAAGAGAGAUCUCCGUGGCCCUCUGCUGCGCCCUCUGCUUUGUCAUUGAUCUCUCCGUGGUGACCGACGGUGGGAUGUAUGUCUUCCAGCUGUUUGACCACUACUCAGCCAGCGGCACCACCCUGCUCUGGCAGGCCUUCUGGGAGUGCGUGGUGAUCGCCUGGGUGUACGGAGCCGACCGCUUCAUGGACGACGUGGCCUGCAUGAUCGGGUACCGACCUUGCCCCUGGAUGAAAUGGUGCUGGUCUUUCUUCACCCCGGUGGUGUGCAUGGGCGUCUUCAUCUUCAACGCGGUGUACUACGAGCCGCUGGUCUACAACAACACCUACGUGUACCCGUGGUGGGGCGAGGCCAUGGGCUGGGGCUUCGCGCUCUCCUCCAUGCUGUGUGUGCCCCUCCACCUCCUGGGCUGCCUCCUCAGGGCCAAGGGGACCGUGGCUGAGCGCUGGCAGCACCUGACGCAGCCCGUCUGGGGCCUCCACCACUUGGAGUACAGAGCUCAGGACUCGGAUGUCAGGGGCCUGACCACCCUGACCCCAGUGUCUGAGAGCAGCAAGGUGGUGGUGGUGGAGAGCGUCAUGUGACAGGUGCCCCGGCUCACAUCACCAGCUCACCCUCUCGUAGCCAUAGCAGCCCCUGCUCUAGCCCCCCACCCCCCCAGGGGGCUUGCCUUUCCCUGACACCUAUGGGGUCUGCCGGGGGGGGGGAGGGGAGGAAGCACCAGAGUGCUUAUAACUAAAAUAACUUUUUCCAUUUUUAAUAAAAUGCCAAAAAUAUCACAACCCACCAAAAAUAGAUGCCUCCCCCACCCCCCUUAACCAAGCUGGUGCACACGCUGCUUCCCAAGCCCUGCCGCCCGCCCUCCAGUGCCCGCUACCGUCACGUCUCACCUGACCCCACCAGGCCCUGCCUGCCUCUCUCCAGGCUCUGCCCAGCACACCCCUGGGUGGCCCCUCACCCCAGGGGCAGCAGUGGCAGCUCGGGGAACAGGGGGACUGGAGAGCAGAGGGGGCAGGCGAGGGGGGGGCAGCAGAACCAAGGCGAAUAUUUCAGCUGGGCUAGACCCCUCUCCCCGUCCCUUCUCUAGAAGCUUAGAGAGCCAGCCAGCAAGGGAACCUUCAGUUCCUGAGCCAGUUGCCACCAGUAGCAGUUGUGUGAGCUUGAGUGCAUGUGUGCGUGAGUACAUAGGGUAUAGACAUAGAUCUCUGUUUCUUAG